AUGAUAAGGAGUUUAGAAAAACUAACACCAUUCUAAAGAAAUUAAGGAGAGCUAAUCGUAGAGACUGGUAAGCACCGAGAGGAGAUUAUGAUGGGAGUAAAUUUAUCUUAGCAGACUUUAGUUAAAGCAGUUUAGAAUGAAGAUAUAUUUACCAAAUUAGGUAAGUUUCAGUAACAGUUGUCUCGCAGUUAAGUCAGAUAAUUUUGCAAUGCUCUGUAAAAAGAAAACCUUGAAGUAUAAUCAUACACGAAACUCUAGAAGUUAAAUUAUUCUUUGAGAGAAGUUGGCUAGAAAAGUUUUGGAGCUGGAGGAAUCCAGAUAAAGAAAGAUUUUGAUUUGCAAGAUACUCUAAAUGAUCGGUAUGCACAAGAGAAUUCAUUAAUUAUUGACCAAUUUGCUUCUACUUGA